AUGUCGGAUGCCGAUGUGAAAGAGGGAACGGCGGCCGGCGAUUCAGUGGCCGUUCCCGAGUCGGUUGUAAAACCAGAUGAAGGACGGCGGAGCAGAGGUGAGUCUACUGGCGGGACAGCUGCUGGGGAUACCGGUGUGCCAAAGAAUAUAGCACGGUGUCUUGUUUAUUGCAGGUUGAGGCCACGGAACAAGACUGAUUUUAAGAACGGUGGGUUCCAACUAGUGACAGUAAGCGGGAAUGAUAUUGUUGUGAAGGAUCAACGCUUUUACAAGUUUGAUGGUGCUUUUGGCGACGAAUGUACACAAAGUGAUAUAUUUGAAGCGGUGGCCGUCCCUUGCAUAACACACGCAUUUAAAGGUUUUUGCUCAGCGUUGAUGUGCUACGGACAGACGGGUACAGGUAAGUCUUUCACUAUGUGUAAUACCACUCCUGGCCAAGAAGGCAUCAUUCCACGGUCCGCCAAACUUAUUUUCGACAAAAUUCAAUCAGACAAUGCGCGGAGUUAUGAAGUGACAGGACAGUUUGUUCAGAUUUACCGUGACAACCUUGGUGACUUGAUGAGUGCAACUGGAAGGGACCGAGUGGAUAUUCACUUCGACGAACAAGGGGGCGUAGAACUUACCGGUUGCAGCUCCCAUGUUCUUCUGAGUGCCCAAGAGUUUAUGCGCUUUUACCGCAUCGGCAAUGACCGUCGGGUUGUAACUGCGACUGCUAUGAAUCCGGAGUCCAGCCGCGGCCAUACAGCUUUAGUUCUCCGCAUCGUAUCAGAGAGCCCCAGCGACCCAGAGGCAGGUAAACUGAAGGGAAAGAUUACAUUCAUCGACUUAGCAGGAUACGAGCGUUUUAGUAAAACUGGUAUUACACAUGACAACCCCAUUAUGAAGGAUGAGGCGAAGUGCAUCAACGCCUCUCUUCUUUCACUUGGUCACGUUGUGUCGUGUUUGUCGUCAGGUAGCCGGCACAUUCCUUGGCGUGAUUCGAAGCUGACGCGGAUCCUGCAGGACUCUAUUGGCGGAAGGAGCCGUACCUCUAUUAUUUUGACUGUUGGGCCAAGUAGUGAUCACCUCCACGAAACCACAAAUUCACUGCAGUUUGGUUUGCGAGCAAUGGAUGUGAAGGUGACGGCCAAACAGUCGGUUCAUGUGGAUUACCAGAAGCUGGCCCAGAAGCUGCAAUCACUCUUGGAUGAAAGGGACGAGAGAAUCAAUUUACUCGAAGUGCAGAUCGCUUCUCGUGACGCAGAAAGACACGAGUUAAUGGAGCGUUACAACGAUCGCCGGGAAGACAUUGACAGACGUUUUGAGAUUGAGAUGGCUGAACUGAAGAGAACUGGUGCAUCGGAAGAGCAGAUGCUGAACCUGCGUGAAGUAUACAAGGCUGAGGUGGAAAACCUCCAGGAGCAGCAAGACGAGGAGUUCCAAUACAGGGAGGAAGUGUAUUCAAAGGAGAUCGUCCACCUUAUUCGCGAGCAGGAGCAUCAGGAAGCGAAGCGACGGGCAGAGAUGAAAUUGGCGCAAGAUCUUAUCAUUGCGGAGUUCCAAAAGAAGCUCGACAACGCGCGUGAGGGAACAAAUGAUGAUCUCGUCAGAGUUUUGAAGCAACUGUCCGAAAAGGACGCCAUAUUGGCCAGCCGAGCGAACGACACGGUGAGACUCCACGAACAUAUUGAGGUGCUCAGGGAGCAAGUGAAGGAGCUCGGUGGAGUGCCUAUAGAGGAGGCGACGUUUCCCGAAACCUUUCUGGACGUUGGCCAGGUGGAGGAGAUGCGGAACCGGCUGGAGGCGGAUGUGCAACGCCAUCGUGCUAAGGGUGUGGAAUUGCUUGCGGAAGUGGAUCGUCUUUCGCAGCUCUGCUCUGAGCGGUUGGAGGAGAUAAACCGACUCCGCGACGAAAACACACAAUAUCGCGCCGCAUUGGAAAACAGUGGCAUUUCAUUGAAUGACACUGAUGAUUUGACGGAAUUCCUUUCUGAGAAGCGCACUCAGAUGGUGGAUGUUUCUGAGAUGGAAACUCUUCGUGUCACCAUGCAGGCCGACCUUGAUGAAGCGAAGGCGCACAACCGGGAGCUGGCGCGGGAGGUGGAGCAGUUGAAGUUUGAAUUAACCGCAACCGCUAUUCCACUCACAGCCCGGCUUCGAUGUCCGCCGUGCGCAACUGCACGAGGUCCUUCCCCGUUUGACGCCGCGCGCAACCUGUGUUCGACGCAGCGUAAACCACCUCAAAAGGAUGGCACGCCAUCCCCAAACAACACUCAAAAUGAAAACUUGCAAAGGACCGUGAAGCAGCUUACGGAGCAACUGGAAUUCAGCAUGCGUGAGAGGAAGUCGCUUCAGGACCGCGUUGAGGCUGUUGAGACGCAACUUGCUUCGCAUGGUGUUGAGGUUCCGGGGCCGUACGUACCCCCAAUCAAACUUGGUUUCCCCGGCUCUGCACCAGUGACGUCAUCGGAAACAGAUGCAAGGGAGCCACCGGAGGAUACCGAUAUGGAUGUGCUGCUCCGUGUAAAAGAGGAGGAAAUCGAUGUGUUAUUGGAAACAAUUGAACGGCAGGAGCACUUGCUCAAUGCUGCGAGGUCGAAUGAAGAGUUUCACCGACGCGUCAUUUGUGAGUUGCAGCAGCAGAUGGUGACUGCGCAAAUCCAGGUGGAAGAUCCUCAGAACGCCCCUCCUCCUGUUGACGCCAUUGCAAUGGAUGAGUAUAUGUCAAUUUUGCGUUUAGUUCGGGAGUCCGAACGCAAGUUGGCAGCUCAAUUGGCUGAGCGCGAUGGAGAGGAUGGCGCGGAGGUGGAGGCCCUGUUGGAGAAGAAGGAUGCGGAACUACAAAUGAAGGAGGAGACCAUACUCGAGAAGGCGUCGAAGGCGCAGUAUGCAGCGAAGCUCUGCAUUCGUCUGAAGAACCAGAUGCUGCGUUGUGGCAUCACACCGUGUUGUGAGCUUCCAGACUCGUAUAACGAGUUGAUCGAGCGCGAAGAGGAGGAACUGAAUGAGCAACUAAUGUGCCAAGAUGAACUGUUAGCCAGGCUUCGUUCGGAGGAGGAAGAAAAGCAUCGCAUGCAGAAUAUGCUGAAAUCACUUAAUGAGGAGCGCGAGAGGCAAUCCAGCGUCAUUCGAACUGUUCAAGAGCGCUGUGAACUGGUGGAAAAGAAACAAUUGGUUACGGCAGCCCACUUGUCGCGAUUGGCAACGGAAAAAUCCCAGAGGGAGCAAAUUCUUGAGGAAACGCUACGACGUGCAACACAAGAAUUGUUGGAUUGCAAGAUUAAGAUGGCCAUGGAAAAAGAAGCAGGUAGCCCGGGUGUGUUAAAGCGUUUCCUCCGCCGCCUGCGCUCCAACUGA